UGCCCUCAAAACAUUCAGCCUAAACAAUCCCCCCUCCGCUCGGAUUUCUCUCCGCUCUGCGACUCGGAUAUAUAUCUCUCCCCUCACGUACACCCUACCACACAUACAACAGUCCAAAAGAUCCAGAACAACAAGCACAAUGCCAGAAAUUAUCGACGACAAAUCCCAACACUGCGUCCCCUUCCUCCUCGACCGCGUAAAAGCCCACCAAGCGCGCUAUGCUUCGAACCCGGACCAAGCCCCGCCAUUGUUUCUGGGGUUGAAUGGGGUUCAGGGUGCUGGCAAGACGGUCCUGGUCUCGACACUGCAGAACACCCUCCGCAACCCCCCCUACUCCCUCCCCGUAAUAACCCUCUCCCUCGACGACAUCUAUCUCACCCACGCCGACCAAGAACGUCUCGCUACAACAAACCCGCAAAACCCCCUCCUGCAACAUCGCGGCCAGCCCUCCACGCACGACCUGUCCCUAGGGCUACAAGUCUUCGAAUCGCUGCGCGAAGGCCGGCCCACGAAGAUCCCGCAGUAUGAUAAAUCUGCAUUUGGCGGGCAGGGGGAUCGCGUGGAUGAGGAGAAGUGGGAGGUUGUUAAUAAAGAGGGGGAGGGGAGGGUUGGGGUGGUGAUUUUUGAGGGGUGGUGUGUUGGGUUUCGGGCGUGGAGUGAUGAUACGCUAAGGAAGAUGUGGGAAAAUGCGGUUAAGAGGAAGGAGGAGGAGGAGGGGGGGUAUAAUGGACGGCUUGGGCAUGUGAGGUUUGAGGAUGUGAGGGCUGUUAAUGAUGCAUUGAGGGGGUAUGAUGCAUUGACGGACCAGCUUGAUGCUUUGAUUCACAUCGACGCCCAAAACAUCCACUACGUCUAUGAAUGGCGCCAGGAGCAAGAGCGCACUCUCCGCGCAACCAAGGGCACCGGAAUGACCAAGGAGCAAGUUAACCACUUUGUUGAUGGCUAUUAUCCGUCCUACGAACUCUUCACGGAGACACUCCGGAACGGCGCUUUCAGAAAAGAGGGCGUUCCCGAGUCGGAAUGGAAGGGGAAGCAGUUGCGCCUGGUUGUUGAUAAGAACAGGAGGGUCCAGGAUGUCCUUUUGUACUAGGACAAAGCUGUACACAUACACAAGACAAUACUACCAAUCUCUACACGAAAAAUAAUUGGGUUGUCUGAACGUUUC